AUGCUCUCUUUGGAGGAUGAGUUGGAAUUUGAACCACAGUGUGUUACCAGAUAUUGUUUUGUGGAUGAAAAGGAAACACCUCUGUCAUUUACAGUUUUGCCGUUCUGUUAUGAUGAGGCCCAGAUGCCAAAUGCUUCUGACAUGCAAGUGUUCGUGCACGGCAAGACUGAUAAUGGCCUGCGGAGUGUCUAUAAACAGGUUACUGCCUGGAAGCUUAACCUUCAACAUGAACAUCCUGAGUUCUUUGUGCUAUGCAAGGAGAGAAAAUGGUUAAAGCUUCUGAAGCCAAUGAAGAGCUACAAGGGCCUUGUAAGGACCAUACUAGUAACUGCUUUGUGGCUUCAUUUUUUGAAGAGAAACCCUGAAACAUCAGAGAAGAGACUUUGGGAUUGUUUGUGUAAAUUCUUCAGCUCAUUUGAGGUUCCGCCUUCUGAAAAUGACCUUAGGAAUCAUCUUACAUUGAUAAAGUCGUUUGCAGAUAAUGAUGAAACACUAUCAAAAUCUCAGCUUUUAAAUUCCGAUCGAGUUACAAAGGAGCCAUUUAUUGCCUCUGGUGACAAGUUUGAUGAGAGCAUGGGUGUCUUUGAAGGAGAUUUAGUGGAUGCUAAUUCUGGCUUAUUUGAUUCAGUCUGUUCCAUCUGUCACAACGGUGGCGAAAUCUUGUUUUGUGAAGGGGGUUGCUUGAGAUCCUUUCAUGCAACAAGAGAUGCUGGUAUAGAUUCUAACUGUAAAACCCUUGGCUAUUCUAGAUCUGAAGUUGAGGCGAUGGAGAAGUUUGUUUGCAAGAAUUGUUGCUAUGGACAACAUCAGUGUUUUGUUUGUGGGCAAUUGGGAUGUUCUGACAAAUCAGUUGGCGCUGAGGUAUUUCGUUGUGCUUCAGCAGAAUGUUGCCACUUCUACCAUCCACAAUGUGUUGCACAAUGGGUUUUCCCAGAGGAAAAAGCUGAAGCAAUUGUAUACCGGGAAAGAAUUGUGGCUGGGGAAACAUUCGUGUGCCCUGUCCAUAAAUGUCAUAUCUGUAGACAAUCAGAGAACAAAAGGAUUAAGGAAUUGCAAUUUGCGAUGUGUGCCCGCUGUCCUAAGUCAUAUCACCGAAAAUGCUUACCAAGAAAGCAUAAAAUUGAAGAAAACCUUCGAACACCAAUUAGAAACCAUAUUGUUUUUCCAGAUACUCCUGAUCGGAAAGAUAUAAACUUUGUUCCUGGUACCAAAAUUAAGCUUCUGCUCAAGAAGAGGCCAGUUUCUGAAGAACUGCUUAGAGAAACUGACCCAGUAAUAUUGACCAAUAAAUCUUCUACCUCAGAUGCAAACAUUGUCAAACAUAGUGCCAUGGUUGCUAGAGAAUACGUGCCUCACGCCAUUAAGAAAGCAAAGGUUUUUGUGAAAAGUGGAUCGUCUGAUUUGCACAGAGAUAACCAUGUGUCUAUUUUGGACAACGACAAGAUUUUGUGGAAAGAGAGCCCAAAAGGUACAGUGACCUCUGUUCUUUCAAGGCCCAUUUCAGAGAACAAAAAGAUACCAUUGAAUGAUAAUCACAAAGUUGCUGUAUUAGCUGCACGUCGAAAUACUACAAGAGAGCUUUUCAACAGUUCAUUUCCAGUGGUAGACUGUGAAACUGAAAAGAGGUAA